AUGCCAUCUCGGGAUCGUACUGGAGAGUUUCGUACCACAGCAAAAUCGUAUCAGAUGAAAAUGCAUGGGGUCAGUGGCUAUGCACCAAGAGAGCCAAGAAUACAGCAAUCAGUAGAGUUCGCUCAACUUGCAAAACGUAUUGGGCGCGAUUUAAGUUUAACAUGUGCAAAAGUGGAGAAGUUAACUGAAUUAGCCAAACGGCGGUCUUUAUUCGACGAUCACAUGAUGGAAGUAGAAGAAUUAGCGCAAGUAAUAAAACAUGAUAUAACAGGAUUAAAUGCGCAGAUAGCAACGUUACAAGAAUUUUCAAAAAAUAACGGUGAUUUCAACAAAAAGGACCAAGGACAUGGGCAUUCACAGUUGAUUGUUGUUGGACUUCAAUCAAAGCUGGCAGGUGUUAGCAAGGAUUUCCAGAAUGUGUUGGAGUUACGAACAGAGAACCUGAAACAACAAAGAUCGCGUCGCGAAAGAUUCAGUCAAAGUCAGCCCGUGCCAUCAGGUUUGCCGCCUUCUGUCAGUUCCAGAAACUCAGGUUCAAUUCUAUUGCAAGAUGAAAUGAAAGCGUCAUCAUCAGUAGCGAUUGAUAUAAAUACGUUAGAGCAACAAAGAUUUCAACAGCAGGUUUCACUGAUUAAUGAGCAAGACGCAUAUUUGCAAGCUCGUUCAAGCACAAUGGAAAAUAUUGAAAGCAGCAUAUCAGAGCUGGGACAGAUUUUUCGUCAGCUGGCUUCACUAGUCACUGAGCAAGGUGAAAUGAUCACUCGAAUUGAUUCGAACGUUGAAGAAACAUCAUUAAAUGUUGAAGCUGCUCAUACGGAGCUGGUCAAAUAUUUCCAUUCAAUAUCGCAAAAUCGGUGGCUGAUUAUCAAAGUUUUUGGUGUACUUUUCUUCUUCUUUGUGAUAUUUAUCAUUUUUCUAGGUUAG